AUGUCGGCUCCCAAAUCUCCUUAUCAAGGCCGCUUCGCCAACGCGAUGCACCGCAUUUACCGUCCGCUCGGCUUCACCAAAGGCUACAACUUUGUCUUGUGGUUCCUCUGUCUGGGAUAUCUGCUCGGAUUUGCGCUGUCACGUGUGAUGUAUCUGUCCUUCUAUGGGAUCUUCUGCAAUCCACAACGAGGCGCCAGCGGUGCUUCACCCGGAGAAUGUUACUACUAUCUGCGGAAUCCUUGGAAGGUCGGCAUGCAACUUCAUUUGUUCACUAUCAUCCCAGCGGCCAUCUUGGUCUGCUUUCAAUUUACUCCUUGGUUCCGAUACAAGGCCAUGCUUUUCCACCGCCUCAAUGGAUACCUCAUCGUCUUACUGGUCACGGUCAGCAAUGCUGGUGUACUCAUUAUCGCCCCGGUCGCUUUCGGUGGCAAGUUCAAUGAUCGUGUAUGGUCAGGUGCUAUGGUCAUCCUGGUGACAAUAAGCUUCAUCAUGGCAUUGGUCAACAUCAAACUCCUUCAGAUCGAUCAGCAUCGCGCUUGGAUGAUCCGGACUUGGGCAUACCUCUCCACCAUUGUGACUAUUCGCCUCAUAAUUGCAUGCAGCUUUUCCAUCAUCAGCAUGAUCGGCGGCUUCUACGAGUCACGACCUUGCGGGCAGAUCGCAUCAGUCCUUGGUCAGGAUCGUACUUUGGCCUUCUAUCCGACCUGCGGCGCCUACUUCGAUGGCUCAAAUCCGAACCAACGUGCCGUCAUCGAAGCCAACAUCAAAUCGACCAACCCCUUGGCCAUCGCGACGUCUGUUUCUAUUCCCUUCGGAGCAGCGGGCUGGCUUGCUCUUCUCCUCCAUGCUGCGGCGGUGGAAAUUUAUCUUCGUCUGACUCCGAACGAGAGCAAUCGUCUGCGUCAAGUCUCGUAUGAACGUCAACUUGCACGUGGUUUCUCACGCCCGGGAUAUGCGGGGCUCACGGCUGAGCGGUUCGGAGAUGCGCCACCUUUUGUGCCCUUGGAGACGCCCGCCACCAAAAAUGUGAAUGUGUCGGAGGUCUGA